AGAAAAUAACUGGGCUACACGUUUAUGACGGCGAUACUAAAGCGUGCGUUUUGUUUGAGCGCCUAUUGCAUUUUGUGUCGAUGGCUGGUGCUGUCAGUACGGUUUCCGGCGAACUGAAGCCGUCGAUCUUGGAUCGUGUGCGAGCAGCACCGCCGCCUCCUGAUUCCUCCCUUCUUUUGGCUACCAGACCUCCCAGACAAGCGGUGUCCUACUUGACAUGCUCAAAGCUUUGUGCAAUUUGUUUUGUUGCUGGCGCGAUUUUCGGUUACUCGCUCAGGGGACGAGUUAAGCGUUGGGCUUCCAAGAUUCUCAAGAAGCUCAGCUGAAACUAACAUAAUUCAAUGAUUCUCAUUACAGGUAUUCAUUUGGUUGGAAUUCACCUUCAUAGAUCAAAUGUAAAAGUACAAUACUACUAUCAAUUUUGUGAAAUUCUUAGAGGCUCCGUUAUUGUGCUUCAUACGGAUUUUGGAAUGAGUUUGAUGGUCACAGAUUCAAUUACUUAUGUACACAACGGCUUGUUAAUUUCUGCUCGGUGUUAUGGUUUUUAACUUCAUUUAACUCAGUUUGCUAUUACUUCAUAUGUGAAUUAUGAUCAUCUUGUUCUCAGGCAUUCCUGGUCAAGGAUGAUGAAUUUGAUUCAUUAAAAUGGAUAGUUUCUGAUAUUUUGUGUUGA